AUGAAAGAUCAUAUGAAACAAAACGGUGUCAUUUCAUGGAGCACGUUCUUUUUGUUCACCAUCGUUGUUGUUUUGUCUUCCAUUAUCUCUACCUCUCUCAUUUUCUCCUUCAUCCCUUCAUUUCACUUCCCGAAAACAGUUUCCAAAUGGAGAACUCCGCCGCCGCCACAAAUCACCAUCCGAGAAACCGUUACGCUUCUGGACCAGGUUUUAAUUGUUCUGAAUUACCCUUUGUCUUUUCAUCGUCAAACCAAAAAUGACAUUCAAUGUGUUUACUUAUCGGCUGACUCCGAGCCUCGGCUUCAAGAGCCGAUUCAGCUUCACUCCGUUAGGUUCCACGAACAAAUCGUACGGUGUCCGAUGCCUCCACGUGACGAGACAGUAUCUCUCAGAAUAAAAUCCAACGAACCUCUUCAAAUUAAAAACUCUUCAAUCCAUAAUUGGGACCCACUGGUUUACGAAGCUCUUUUUGAUCGUGACAACACCACCAUCGUAUUUGUAAAAGGACUUAAUCUUCGACCAGAGAAAUUAUAUGAACCGUCUAGAUUCCAAUGCGUGUACGGUUGGGAUUUCACAAAGCCUAAGUUCUUAUUUAAAUCAGAUGUUUUAUCGGCUGCCCAAGAGAUAAUAAGAUGCAAAACACCUCCAAGAAUUUUAGCCCAAAUCCAAACCCAAGCCCAUACCCAACAUGAAGGUUUUAUUAAAGUAUCUAUUCAAAUUGAAGGUAAACAAAUAUUUCCCUCAAUAGCAAGGCCCGAGCUCAUUUCAGGGACAAUUUUAUAA